GCAUUUUCUACUGUCAUGCCCUCUUUUUCAUAACCUCACAAUACUUCUGACAAUCAAUUGCAUCAUGACAACAUUGAAAUAGACAAAAAAUCAUUAUUAUUUAAAACACAAAAAUCAAGUUAAUAAAAUAAUUGCUUGUAUGUAUUAUUAUUAAUAGUGAUUUAUUACUUUAAUCAUAAAUAUUUAAAAACAUGAAUGCUACUAAGGCAAGAAAAGCUCGUGUAAAUCGAGCUCACAGAAUAAAAGCUGUCAAAAAUAUGCCUAUGGCUAUUCUGCUCAAAAAAAAAGCUGAAUGUGAAGCCAAAGCACUUCAAAUUGUUAAAAGAUUGAUAGAACCUUCAGUUGAUGUUAAAUGGAUGACAGAAGCUCUAGGGCAAAUCAAUCGUUCUCAUUUAGAAGAUGUUGCUGACGAAAGAGCUAUAGAAAAAAUUUGUGGAUAUGUUCUAUGUGAUAAUGAACUAAUAAAAGUGGUGAACAAAAAAUAUCAUAUUUCAACUUUGAAAAAUAAAGUUUAUGAUGUGGAGAAGAUGAAAAAUUUUUGUAGUUUUACUUGUUAUUCUGCCAUGAAUCAUCUAUUGAUGCAGAUGCUUACGAGUCCGCUUUGGUUGAGAGCUGAAGAAGAAAUUCCAAAAUUUACUUUACUAGAUAAACGUAAGAAAAGGGCAAAUAGUCCUCCUGGUAUAGAAAUUAAUAUUACAGGUAUAGAUUUACCUGUUGAUAUUGAUGAUAUACCAACAAAAGAAGAAAGUGAGCAGGGAAGUAGUAAUGAUAAUGUAGAAAAUAAUACAAGAGUUACGACUAAAAAUCAAGUAUCUAAAAUUAGACGAAUGAGUUCGAAAAAUGAAAUUGAUGAAAUUAGUUCUAGAAGCCAAGAUAAACAACUUAUUUUAAAAAACAACAUAGAUACAGAAAAAAAUUCAAUGAACAAUGAUGAUAUAAAUGAAAUGACUAAUAAAAAUGAAUAUAAUCAAGAGUUUCCUAAAAAAGAUUCUGAUGUUGCAUCGUCUGAGUCAAAUAAAUCAAUAGAAAAUUUCUCAACAAUAAUUUCUGAUGCUAAAAAAGCGAAUACAAUUUUAGAGCCUAUCAUUUCAACUGUUAAUGAUAAACAAUUAAAUUUUACUUCACAAAAACCAAUAGGAAAGACAAUAGUUCCUGAAGAAAAAAUCAGAAAGAAAAAGCCUGUACAAAAACCAGUUAUUUUUACUGAAAAAUUAUCAACGCGACUUGAGAGAUGCUUUAAUGAAUGGGUUACAAAAGACACUUACAAUUUUCUAUUUGGUAAAAAAACCGAGACAAAUGAAAUGAUUAAAAAAAGAGAGUUCAAUGAUAAAUAUAAUGCAUUAUGUAGAAAACUUGAUCGGCUCCAAUUUGAAGAUGAUGAUGAAGAACAAGAAACAUCAGCUAUAUCGGAAAAUCUAAAACCGGCACCACACUAUGCUACUCUUAAAGAGCAAGCGAAAGAAUUAGAAAUCAAAGUUCGAGCUUUUUAUAGUGGACAACUGGAAACAGAAAUUCCUGCAGAAAAUUUCGAUAAAGAAGAAAACGAUCAAGAAUCAGGUACUAUUAUUCCUCUCACAGAUGCUCGUACUCCAAAUGCUCUUCGUAGAAGAAUUGUUCUUGAUAAGCUCAACAAAAUAUUACCAGAUGUAUUACGAACAUUAACCGGUUCAAAUCAAACAGAAUAUCUGUAUACUGCUAAACGUAUGUCAUUAGUAAAGACAUUAAUCAGCACAUUUAAUCUUACAGCAAAUAAUAUUGUUUUUAAAACCGCUGAAUGGACUCUAGUAUCUCUUUUAAUUAUAAAAAUGCUUGGAUUAGUAGACUCAAAUAUUGAAUCUUUAUUAUCAAAAAAAGAUACAACAAUGUAUCUCUCAAUGAUUUUAUUGUCUUAUCAGCUAGAUUUGAAUUAUAUCAAUAAUUUAAUGAACAGAUUUACAAUUCCACCUAAAGUAAGUGAUAUGGGAGAUUUUAUUGAAGAGUGUUAAAUAUAAAUA